UUAUAUAGCGGUGACUCAGAGCGCAGCGCGCACUCGCUACAUGAAUGAGCGCGCGGAAGACACUGAACACACUAUCAGCGCAGCACAGCUGCAAGAGGACGCCAGAUCUGAUCAAAUGAGAUGUCGUUUUAGAUCAGUAACAUACGUGACAAGUUUUACACACUUUUAAGAAGGCGAUUAUCAGAUCUUUUGUGCUGAACGUCACACGGCGCGUAUCUGGACACUAUGCAUUGUCAAGCAGAGCUGAGACUCGCGAGCAGCGCGCAGCUGAAAGCCGCCAGAAGACGAUACAAGACUUUCAUGAUCGACGAGAUCCUCUCCAAAGAAACUUGUGAUUACUUCGAGAAACUUUCUCUUUACUCGGUUUGUCCCUCGUUAAUCGUCAGACCCAAACCUCUGCAUUCAUGCUCGGGCCCUACUCCUCUGAGAUCGUACCCUCUCCUGUCUGUGAUCACACACCAGCCACCCAGCAGCCUCCCGCAGAUCUCUCAGGCGUCUCCUCACCUGCCCCUUCUGUCACCCCAGCACCCACUGAGCUCAGAGCCCUCGGCCAGCGAGACACCCGUCAGCAUUAGCAGCGAAUCAGACACUGAGCACAGCACUCCGCGGCUGAAGAAACCCCGCCGCAGCCGGACCAUCUUCACAGAGCUGCAGCUCCUGGGCCUGGAGAAGAAAUUCCAGAAACAGAAAUAUCUCUCCACUCCAGACAGAUUGGACCUGGCUCAGUCUUUGGGACUCACACAGCUCCAGGUGAAGACAUGGUACCAGAACAGACGCAUGAAAUGGAAGAAAAUGGUGCUAAAAGGAGGACACGAGGCUCCGACCAAGCCCAAAGGCCGACCUAAGAAGAACUCCAUCCCAACUACAGAGGAGAUCGAAGCCCAGGAACGGCUGGCGGCCAAACUAGCAGAGGAGCAGAGGCUACGAGCCGAAGAGGAAGAGGAGGUCUUCCAAUCUCAACCUCAAGAUCUCAGUACAUCCGCUACAUCCGAGUCCAUCUGUCCAGAAACUCCAGCGCAAGAACAGGCCCCUCCAUCUCCGUCAGAAGCAAUGACAACCAGCUAAAUGCAGAUGCAUAACCAAAGACAGCUACUGAAAGACUUUGAUGCUCUCUGGACUUGAGCAGAUGAACGGCUUCCCAAGCCUGAUUCUGAGCUGACAGUGGCCCUAAAAAAGUAUGGCGGUACUUUAGACACACGAAAAUGUGUGAAUGUCAUUGCAAAACAACAAAACAUCAAACUAAGUGGCUUCUAUAUCCAACACAGACAGAAUAAGCACACUUCCCAAGUGAAACAUUUCACAAAACUAAGCUUUUAGGUGUUAAAUGAUAAAACGUGUUCUGGUUGUCAAAGUGUGGAUCAUGUUCAUACCCAGUUUCCAAAAAAUAAGUUUUAAGAAUGUUUUGCUAAUAUUCCCAUUAGGUUCUAAAAACAUUUCCUCAAUGUUCUCUAACUGUUCAAAUCAUCUCUCUUUUUUAAAAAAAUGUUUUAAAAACGUCAUUCCAUUUUAUCAUUUUGCAAACAUUACAGAACCGUUACUUUUGAAUGUUCUCUGAACAUUCUGAAAGAAGUAGUGACAUUUAAAAAAAUGUUAGACGAACGUCCAAUUACAACGUUUCAGAAAAAAAAUGUUCCAUUAAUGAUGUAUAGAUAACGUUUUGGGAACUUUCUUAAAGGGACAGCUCACCCCAAAAUUUAAAUUCUGUGGUCAUUUACUCACCAUCAUGUUGUUCCAAACAUAUUUUAGUUUUUGCCUGCUGCUGAACACGAAAGAAGAUAUUUUAAGUAUAGUGCUGAUAGUGCUGAUAACCAAAUCAUUUCUGGUCUCCACUGACUUCCGUAGUAUUUUUUUCCCCUUCAUAAUAUGAAAGUCAAUAGGAUCCAGCAACUGUUUGGUUACCCAUUUCUUUAAAAUAUCUUUUUUUUUUUAUGUUCAACAGAAAAAAAAAAAAAAGUAUCUCAUACAAGUUUGGGAAGAAAUUGAGGGUGAGUAAAUGAUGACAUUAUUUUUAUUUUCUUCAUAAAAUCAUACAUCCACUAAAAAUCACACUGAGCCCGUUUGUUUGCAGAUUUUGUUAUUGAAUGCAAUGACAUGCAGGCAUUUUAUAGUAUGCCUAAGUGUCCAAUUACUUUCCACUAUAUAUGGCGUUGCAGUGAUCAACAUUGUAACAUUGCUUUAAAUGUUUCUGUCAUACAGCUGCCUCUCUGAAAUGUAUUUUAUAAAAUUUUAAAGCCAUUAAUAUGCUGCCAGAUAUGGCGACAUAUAAAACUGAAUCACACAGACUGACUUUCUUGCACCAGUGCAGCACAUUCUAUUUGGACAAGCAGUAAGUGUUUAUUUUUUUUUCUAGGUAUGUUCCUCUGUUUCCCUGUAAAUAUUACUUGUUUAAUUGCGCCUGUAGUUUACGGUGCACCUGUGUACCGUAGCUUGGGAUUCUGUGCCAAAACACAUAUAUCUGAGAAGCUAAAGUGCCCUUUGAGGUUUUUUUUUCUUUUUUUACAUAUCCAUGAAGCUGCUGCCAUUAAAAGUUAAUAGGACGGGUUAGUAUGAAUACCAGUGUAAACACGUACAGAGUUCUGGAUUUCGCAUGAGAAAAUGUUGCUCUUUUUAAAGCAGGAUUGUCCAGUUUGGGUAAAGAUUAGCUUUAUCCAUUUAACAUCUCAAUGGAUAAAGAAUCUGUCAGCUUAGUAGAGAAAAAGAACAUAAAUUCUGAGAAAACAUUAAAGGUAGUAUUGAUUUAAGUAAACCUUCCAAAGUGCCCACUCUGCCAUACGACAAUGUAUUUUCACUGUUCCUGUUUGCAGAGAAAAAUGGUUUCUUUUGUUCAUUUUAUGCGUGGCAUGCUUCGACUUCAUUGUAUUUCAACCGAAUCCUUUCUUCAAAUCACUUUUUGUGUGUGUAUAACCUUUGCACGGCCAUUUAGUACUAUUCUUUGAGGUCGAAACACAUGAUAUAUGAACUCCCAGAUGGAUCAUGCUAGCUAUUGUAUGUUUCGUCCCAUUUCAUUCCCUUUGAAUGAAAAAACGUUGAACCCUUUUCCCCCACCCUGGUGUGGCGCAGUAUGACACCACUAAGUGCAGGCUGGUUUUAUUACUGUAAGAAAAACCACUUAAUCUGUCAGGGACGCAAAGCAAUUAAUAAAUCAAACUCACACUAGUAAAACCUGCAAAAAAAAAAAAAAAAAACUGCCAAAAAAAACGAAAAUCUGCGGGACAUGUCAAAGCCUGCGGGAGCUCUGCACAUGCCUACAACUGACUGACGGCCCACAAAUACAUCAUCACAGUCUCCUCUAUCCUGCAUGUCAUAAGCUCUGUUUCCAACCGUUGUUGCCUUUUGCAAAGAUUUUAUUCGUAUAGCUGUUUUUUUUUUUUUUCCCUGUGUUCGGCUAAAAACAAAUAUUGAAAAUAUAUUCCUUCUUUGAUAUAAAAAAACACUAUUUUUCUGGUGUACAUACUGAAUUUUAUUGGGUGAGUAGUUAUUUUGUAUUUUUUUUGUUUUGUUUUGGAGGAUAAGACUAUAUAGAUAUUUGACGAGAAUCCCUUUUUCACCCAAAUGUUCUGUAAUUUUUAUUGUAUGUGUGUGUGUUUGCAUAUUUAAUAACAUUUAAUAAAGAUACCAUUAAUUUU